AAUUUCACUUGCUUCCUUCUUUCUGAAUCUCUCCCUCGCUGAGUCGACUCACUGAGUCAGCCCUCAGCAACCAACAAUGGCGGACGUAGUGCAGUAUAGGCUGGAGCGCAUGGUCAACGAGCUCGAUGACCUCGAGCGAAGAGGCGUCUUCAGCCGCCGGGAAAUUGCCGAAAUCGUGAAGCAGAGGAGGAAGUUUGAGUACAGGCUGAAGCGUCCGAGUCCGCUCAAGCAAGACUAUCUGGCCUAUAUCGAGUACGAGAAGCAGCUGGACUCACUCCGCCGUCUCCGCAAGAAGUCGGUGGCGCGGGAAGCGAAGAAGAAGACGAAGAAGUCCGUCUCUGAUUUCGCCGGCGUUUCGAGGAUUUUGGAGAUUUAUCAGUUGGCAGUGAUGAGGUAUAAGGGCGAUAUUGAUCUGUGGUUUCGGUAUCUUGAGUUUUGCCGAGAGCGGAGGAAUGGCCGGAUGAAGAAGGUUCUUGCUCAGGUAAUUAGGUUUCAUCCAAAGGUUCCAGGAGUUUGGAUUUAUGCUGCAGCUUGGGAGUUUGACCAUAAUUUAAAUGCCACAGCUGCACGUGCUCUCAUGCAGAGCGGGCUGAGAGUAUGCCCAACUUCAGAAGAUCUUUGGGUAGAGUAUCUUCGGAUGGAACUGACAUACCUUAAUAAGUUAAAAGCUAGAAAGGUGGCUCUUGGAGAAGACGAAGGAACCCUGAUCAAUGACCACAGAGAUGCUGAUGAAAAGCAGUGGAGAGAGGAAAACAAAGAUUUAUUUAUGUCCCUGGAUGAGGAAAGAGGGAGUAGGGAUGUAUCAAAUGGACAAAAUGAGGAGUCAAAGAAGAAAUCAGAUAUGUUUCAGGAGCAAGGUUUGAGCAUUCUUCGCACUAUAUACAGUGGUGCAGUAGAAGCCAUCCCUUCUAGAUUCAGCCUGAGAACACAAUUUUUUGAGAUAUUGGAAGCAAUAAAUUUAGCAGGCUCAAAAGAAAUGCAAAAGGAGAUACUGAGUGACAUGAAAAGAGAUUUUUCAGCAGAACCAGAAUACUGGGACUGGCUCGCAAGACUUGAAACUAUUGAUUCUGAAAGCACACAAGAAAGAGGUACAGAUAUCGUGCCUUCUCAGUUGCAAAAGGCAGUUCAGGUUUAUGAGGAGGCUUUAAAAUUUUUGCCUUCAGCAGUGAUGUUUAAUCUGUACACAAAGUUCCUAAUGGAUGCUAUUGUUUCCAGAGAAAAAACCAAAAAUUCUGAACCAUUUAGUACCUCUGAACAUACAGUAGGUUCUCUUUCACAUCUCUUGAUGGUGUAUGAAAAGGCUGAAAAUAUGGGUUGCCUUACUGAGGAUCUUGCUUGCCAACAUGUUUCACUCUACUUGCAACUUGGGAAAUUGGAUGAAGCCAGAAAGCUGGCAGAAAAGUUUUGCAAUGGAAAAUUUUCAGGGGCAGUACAUUUAUGGCUUUUAAGGGUUUCAGUGGAGAUGAAAUAUGUCACAAGGAAAUGUCCUUCUCCAAGCAAGGCUGAUUUGCUGUCCAUCUUUGAACUCCUGAGGAAUAUUUUGACAAAAGUGGCCAUCUCAGAAGCUGAGGGCUUGUGGCUUAUGGCCCUCAAAUUCUUCUCAAAUCACAAGCAUUUUUUUGACAAGCUUGUGGAUAUAUCCCUGGUUUCAUUGGCUAAAGAUGGUGGCAGUGAAAAUGGAUUCUGCCUCUCUUCUGCUAUUGUAAACUUCGUUCUUCAGAAGGAUGGAAUUCAGUCUGCAAGAGAGAUGUAUAAGCGGUUUCUUGCUUUACCUCGGCCAGGUCUUCCAAUGUAUAAAAUUUGCAUUGAGUUGGAAUUGAACCUUGCAGCAAUCAAUGAUAAAGAUUGCCUCGUAAAUGCCAGGAAGUUAUUCGAAUCAGCGCUUACGACUUAUGACCAAGAUAUCAACCUGUGGCAAGAUUAUUAUUCUAUGGAGAUUAAGAUGGGUACAUCAGAAACAGCAGCUGCUGUCCAUUGGCGGGCACGGAAGAAGCUGAAAGAUGCUGCUGCUCUCAUUGGUCCCGCUCAGCUGUGAAGGAGUUCCUUAUAUAGGACUCACUUGCAAUUUUGGCUUGUCUAAUUUCUUUAUUGAUCCAAAUGUAUUAGAGAAACAAAGCAGAUGAAUAUGAGUAAUAUUAGUUCAUUCCUUACCAUACCA